AAAGCAUGCUAUCGCCAACGUUUUGACCAAACCCUGUGCGAUUCCUUUUCUGUGCAACUUCCUUUCCUCACCUCUCCUCCUGUUUUGUUCCCUGUCUUUUUUCUGAAACUCAAAACAAAGAAGGCAAGUUGUUCCAAACUUUCUAUUCAAAAACAUCAACGGCUUGAUAUCUGGUGAUUUCUGUUUCUAUUCCACCGUUCAAAGUUUUAAUCUUCAAACCACCCAAAGAAACCCUGCCAGCAAUGGAUCAAUCUCCCAAAACUCAAAGCAAGGAAAGAAAAACAAUCUACCCUAAGGUGAAGGUGAGGGAACAGGAUCAAGAUGAUGGUGAAGAACUAUAUGAUCAGAAAAGACUAAGAGGGUACUUGAUGUCUUUGAAAGAUGUUCAGUAUCUGUCCUUGCAUGAUCCUGCAAAAGAAAAUCAUUUUGUGUCCCCAAGGCUGGUAGCAAGAAUUUCCAAGUCCUAUGUACCAGAUUUGGUGAGGGAUUCAGUUUCUGCAGCACAAGGAGUAGAAAACGAUAACAAAGGAGAUCAAGAGGAGAAUAGACCCAAUAUUAGAGUCAGUUCAAUCCCACGCCCGAGGGCUGUCUUGUCGAGUCCUGACAAUGAUGAGGUGAUUGGAAAUAGAAACAAGAUUAAAGCUGAACAUGCACCAGCUGCAAAGAAUCACAAUCAGGGUAUUGUUCAAAAUAGACACACAAUCCGAGGCCACAGCUGCUCUGGAAACACUAUUAACUCAAGGAAGUCCAAGGAUUCUGCUGAUUGCAAUGUUAAUCUUUCAGAAAAGAAGGAUUCAGGGAUGAGAGUUUCUAGUCAGAGAAGAAAAGUUAAAACUCAAAGACCAGCCUGGCAAGAUCCUUAGACGAUUUGCCGUUCUGAUGAUCAGCAAUUACACACGUAAUGGAUUUUACUGAUUUAGAGAGUUGUUUCCUUUUUCCUUUUUAGAUCUUUCAGAUAUGGAGAUGUGGAGAUAGAUUACACUUUUGUUACAAACUUCUAAUUGUACUCCCACAAGAUAAUUCAAAGAAGCUAUCUUAUGCCAUCCGUAAGUGUUUUUUCCUUCUCUUCCAUCUCCUGAUAUCAUUCACACUGCGGCUAGUAACAUUUUAGGAUCAAGGAAAAAGAUAACAUUAUAUCAGAAAACACAGGAGAAACAGAGAAGGCAGCCAAUGCCAUGUAUUGUAAUUUGUAUGCGCUUUUUUAAGAAAAUAAGUUGUUCAUU